UCUCAUUUCCGCCAUUAAAUUAUCUUCUCUUCUUCCCUCCUCAGCUCAGCUCAGCUCAGGUCAGCUCCUCUCCUCUCCUCUCCUCUCCUGUCCCCCACAACACAAAUAUCUCUCUCACCCACCGCCGCAGCAGAAAGCUGGAGAUCCGAUUGAACCGCCUCCGAUGGUCUCCUGACAGGUUAAUUCUGGGUCGGAUUAGCAAGUGAAGGAGAAGCGGAUUUGGAGGGUGCGGAUCGAUGGGCCAGGAGGCUCCCGACGAUUACGAGCUGGCCAUGCUGGGCGGCGGCGAGGACGAGCGGGUUAUGGAGUGGGAGGCAGGCCUCCCGGGCGCCGACGAGCUCACCCCGCUCUCCCAGCCGCUGGUCCCGCCGGGGCUCGCCGCGGCGUUCCGCGUCCCGCCGGAGCCUGGGCGCACGCUGCUGGACGUGCACCGCGCGUCGGCGGCGACGGUGUCCCGGCUGCGGUGCGCGUCGUCGUCGUCGUCGAGCUCGUUCCCGGCCUUUCAGACAGGGGCAGGGGCAGGGGCAGGGGCGAGGGCGGACGAGGCGGACUCUUCGGCGGGCGGAGCGACGCCUUCGGCAGCAACGAACAGCUCGAAGCGGCCGCGGCUGGUGUGGACGCCGCAGCUGCACAAGCGGUUCGUGGACGUGGUGGCGCACCUGGGGAUCAAGAACGCGGUGCCCAAGACGAUCAUGCAGCUGAUGAACGUGGAGGGGCUGACGCGGGAGAACGUGGCGAGCCACCUGCAGAAGUACCGGCUGUACGUGAAGCGGAUGCAGGGGCUGUCCAACGAGGCGCCGUCCCCCUCCGACCACAUCUUCGCCUCCACGCCGGUGCCCCACAGCCUGGUGCACGAGGUGCCGGUGCGCACGCCCUACGCCGCCGCGGCCAUGUACCACCACGUCCCCAUGGGCGUCGCCGUGGGGAUGGUGCCCAUGAACAACGGCCACCAUCAGAACGGGUACGGGCACGGGCACGUCUCCUCCUACUCGCAGCAGGCGCAGGUGUACCACCACGGCCACGGCGGCAAAUAGCACUCCCUCCGCCGCCGCCGGUAACAAUUCAUGCAUUCAAUCGUCCACUCCCCCGGUGGGUCCAUCAGUUCGUCCACUAAGCUAAUAUUAGCUGUGUCGGCAAAUAUAUAAUACAUGAGUAGCGAUGAUGAUGAUAAGAAGAAGAAGAAGAAACAAAUUGGAGGUGCGUGUGGCAUAGCUAAUUAAGCAUGCGAUUCUGUACCAUGUAUGGAUGAGGUAAAAACUAAAGUUUUUCAA